UAUAGCUUUUCGAUAUUCAUCGCUAAAAUCCCCUCCAGCUGCUUCAUCAGUUAUCACAUUUCCAAAUUUAAUACCGAUGAACCGAAAUUAAAUGCAAAAAUCUCCAUCCUAAUCGCAGAAACACUCUUCUGAUCGGCGGCGGCAAUGGCGUUUUCCUUCACUACUCAGCCUCCGCAGCAGCCGUCGAUAUUCCAGACUCCUGCUAGUCAUACGCAACCUUCACCGUUCUCGCAGGUCACUCCCUUCUCGCAACCGACGCAGCCGCAAUUCAACUUUCAGCCUCAGCAACCGCAACCGCAACCGCAACAGCAGCUGCAGCAACAACAACAACAACCGCAGCAGCAGCAGCAGCAGCAGCUGUUCCUCUUCACCAACAGUAAGACGCCUGCUACUUACGGUACCAAGUGGGCAGACCUCCAUCCGGACUCUCAAAAAAUCCUCCUCCAAAUAGAAGAGAAAAUACUGGAAUAUAGAGAUGAGAGUCAACGGCUUGAUCAAUGUAGCAGGCUGUAUGAUUCAUCAGUGUCAAAUGAUGGGUUUGAGCUUGAUGCUAGUCAUAAUAUUCAGGAACUUGUUGGAAUCAGCACAUCAAUGGAACGGCAAAAAAGUAUAUUGCAUGAGCUAAUGACUGUUGUUAAAGAUAUGCUGCGCAAUACGGAGGUAGCUGUUCGUUCGUUCAUGAUGUUACGCCCAAGGUUUCUUCAUCAAAAUCCACCUGCUUCAAGUUCAGCAACACCAUCACAGGCCCCUGGGGCAAUAGUAGCCCCAACCUCAAGUGCUCAAGCAACCACUAUCCCCAAUUUUCCAGUUUUUGAUUUUUACAGUGGGAUUCCAAAGAAGCCUUCUCCCUUCCUGCAGCAAACUGUAGCUAGAUUUGAGAAACAUCUUGCUGAAUGCCGGCAGUGGGUUGAAGAACUGGAGCAGUUGAUCUUAGAUUCUGAUAGAAAGUCUCUCAAUUCCAGUGUGUCACUGUUGCAGUCACUUCCACAAGUCAUGUCAAAUGUGCAUGAUUUUUUUGUUCAUGUAGCAGCCAAGGUGGAGAGCAUUCAUCAAUACAUUGAAUCCAUGAAAACUGCAUACCUUACUGAUCAGCGUCGACGAGGGGAGGUUAGUGAUCCCUUUCUUGAAGCUGAUCGACGGGAAACAGCCAAACAAGAGGCUGCUGCACGAAGGGUUCAUCCAACUCUACAUUUACCUGCGGCACCACAACCAGCAACUCAAGUUACUGGGUUGUUUUCCAGCUCAGCAGCGCCUGGAACAUCCACUGCACCACAAACGUCUGCCAUAGUUUCAACCAGUUCUGCUGCAAGUGGGUCCUCACUUUUUAGUACCCCAGUCAUUGCUGCUUCAUCAUCUUCUCUGUUUUCUACACCCACUGCUUCUGCUCCAGCAGUCUCCUUGUUCGGAUCAGGUGCUUCCCCACAGACAUCGCUCUUUGGCUCUUUGUCCACUUCUAGUCCAGCAUUCUCUACUCCAAACUUGUUUGGCUCUACCCCCUCUUCUGGUGUUACAAAUUUUUCAACUCCUUUUGCUACAGGAGCUGCAACGGGAUCGGGGUCAAGUUUUGGAACUUUAUCUAAGGCAAGGGCUAAAAGUCGCCCUGGAAGACGCUAAGCUUCAUCAAUGUCAAUGAGAAGUCAUCCUCUAUUUACUUUGAUUGCAAGAUGUUGAGAGUAAAUCCAUGAGGUUUUGUGCAAGACCACAGUGAUCUUCAUUAUUUCGUGCUUGGAUGCAGAACUGUUGACUGGAUUCUAGUUGUGCUGCUAUAAAACCGUAUUCUGACUUCAUAUGCAUUUUGGCGGCGUCAUUAUAAAAUGCAUUUCAUGAGAUGUUGCUGUAAUAUUGUAAAUUUCAACCCCCCUCCCCAUUCUGGGUGGUUGCUCUAAGAGUUGAUAUCUUAUUCAUGCCUGCUCUUGCUAAGUUCGACAAACCAUUUGUCCUGUUGUAUUUUAAAAUUUCAUCAUUCUGAGCAUUUAAAUAUCAUGAGCUUUUGAAGA